GCUGACUCGGCCAUCAGCCAACUGGGCCUGGCGUUUCCCAGCAGACCCAGCGCUGGGAAGGGGUUUGCAGCUGCUCCGUCAUCGUGCGGCCCGACGCGAUCCCGCGCUCGUGUAUAGGCCCGGCUCGGUUCCUCCUCCGUGCUGCGAGGGUUCACGUGAGGCCCCGGCCUCAGUCUCCGGACUAGGCCGCGACCCUUCGUGCCAUGAAGCAGGAGGGCUCGGCGCGCCGCCGCGGCGCGGACAAGGCGAAGCCGCCUCCCGGCGGAGGGGAACAGGAACCACCACCGCCCCCGGGCCCCCAGGAUGUGGAGAUGAAAGAGGAGGCGGCGACAGGUGGUGGGUCCACGGGGGAGGCUGACGGCAAGACGGCGAUGGCAACUGAGCACUCACAGCGAGAGUUGGACACCAUCACCUUGGAGGACAUCAAGGAGCACGUGAAACAGCUGGAGAAGGCAGUUUCGGGCAAGGAGCCCCGGUUCGUGCUGAGGGCCCUGCGGAUGCUGCCUUCCACAUCGCGCCGCCUCAACCACUACGUUCUGUACAAGGCCGUGCACGGCUUCUUCACCUCAAAUAACACCACUCGGGACUUCCUGCUGUCCUUUUUGGAGGAGCCCAUGGACACAGAAGCUGAUUUACAGUUCCGUCCCCGGACAGGAAAAGCCGCCUCGGCACCCCUUCUGCCGGAAGUGGAGGCCUACCUGCAGCUCCUCGUGGUCAUCUUCCUGAUGAACAGCAAGCGCUACAAAGAGGCACAGAAGAUCUCCGAUGAUCUGAUGCAGAAGAUCAGCACUCAGAACCGCCGGGCCCUGGACCUGGUGGCUGCAAAGUGUUACUAUUACCACGCCCGGGUCUACGAGUUCCUGGACAAGCUGGAUGUGGUGCGCAGCUUCUUGCACGCGCGGCUACGGACGGCCACCCUGCGGCACGACGCGGACGGGCAGGCCACGCUGCUGAACCUCCUGCUGCGGAACUACCUGCACUACAGCCUGUACGACCAGGCCGAGAAGCUGGUGUCCAAGUCCGUGUUCCCGGAGCAGGCCAACAACAACGAGUGGGCGAGGUACCUCUACUACACAGGGCGGAUCAAAGCCAUCCAGCUGGAGUACUCCGAGGCCCGGAGGACGAUGACCAACGCCCUGCGCAAGGCCCCUCAGCACACGGCCGUCGGCUUCAAGCAGACUGUGCACAAGCUGCUCAUCGUGGUGGAGCUGCUGCUGGGGGAGAUCCCGGACCGGCUGCAGUUCCGCCAGCCUUCGCUCAAGCGCUCGCUCAUGCCCUACUUCCUCCUGACCCAAGCUGUCCGGACAGGAAACCUAGCCAAGUUCAACCAGGUCCUGGAUCAGUUUGGGGAGAAGUUUCAAGCAGACGGGACCUACACCCUGAUCAUCCGACUACGGCACAACGUCAUUAAGACAGGUGUGCGCAUGAUCAGCCUCUCCUACUCCCGCAUCUCCCUGGCUGACAUCGCCCAGAAGCUACAGCUGGACAGUCCGGAGGAUGCGGAGUUCAUCGUGGCCAAGGCCAUCCGGGAUGGCGUCAUCGAGGCCAGCAUCAACCACGAGAAGGGCUACGUGCAGUCCAAGGAGAUGAUUGACAUCUACUCCACCCGGGAGCCCCAGCUCGCCUUCCACCAGCGCAUCUCCUUCUGCCUGGACAUCCACAACAUGUCUGUCAAGGCCAUGAGGUUCCCUCCCAAAUCAUACAACAAGGACUUGGAGUCUGCGGAGGAGCGGCGUGAGCGAGAGCAGCAAGACUUGGAGUUUGCCAAGGAGAUGGCAGAAGAUGACGAUGACAGCUUCCCUUGAGCCGGGGGGCGGGGGGGGGGGUGACAGGGACUGGCCGUUACCUUUCCCCCUUGAGGGUCCCUCGCCCAGGGAACUGGCCCCUUCCCCACACACAGCUCCCAGCCUGCGUGUGCGCUGUGUGGGGGGGCAUGGAGGAAGUGAUGAGGGACAUACGGAGCCAGCCACCCCCACCACACCCCAGGGCCCCCCAGCCGGUGGCUCAGCACACGGGGGGCAGGAGGGCGGGCAGGCGGCCUCCCCAGGGCAGGGUCCUGGCCCGUGGUGUGGGCGGCAGGAUGGGAGGGAAGAGACCUGUGCGCUCCCCCGGGGCGUAGGAGACUUGAAUUGGCACUUGGGUCGGAUUAUAUGUUUUUUGAAGCCUCAAUUAUGAUUUUUAAACAAUAAAAAGUUCUCCAAA